AUGGCGGACGAGGCCGAAGCUGCGGGUGCGGCGGAGCCGCAGGCGCCACGCGAUGACGUGAGCGUGACGCUCAUGGGCAACGUGCUCGAGAAGCUGCGCGUGCUGCAGUACGAACGCGAGUUCGGCAAGAAGAAGAGCUUCGCACCCUUCAGCGAGACGCAGUUCGCCGUGCUCGGGCCCGGCACCAACGCCAGUGCACAGUUCAAGAGCUUCCUGGACCUCGUGACCUUCCUGCUCAAGAGCUGCAACCAGGAGUUCGUCGUGGACAAGUACGACGACCCCAACACUAGCGUCAACAAGCUCAUCCUGACGCUCAAGACCAUGGGCUUCCCGCUCGACUUCCCGGCUUCCAAGCUCAAGCUCGGCUACGGCGAGGCCGCGUGUGCCGCGCUCGACUUCAUCUGCGACCAGGCGCUUGCUGCUCGCCGCUUCGACUGGCCGCGGCCGCAGUACCCCAAGGAGGACUUCGCGGAUGAGGCCGAGGUAGACGACGACGCUGAAGUGGAUACGGCUAAUGACGACGACGAUAACGCGCUGCCUGGAGCUGAAGAGGAGGCCGAGGAGCUCUAUAGCGACUUGGUGCGCAGCGGCAAGGCCGCCGAGGACCAGCACGACCUGGACCAGAGCUUCCAGCAGAUGAUCAUGAGCGAGGUUGACCCGCUGCUCUGGAAGACGGAGCUCGAGCGCGUCGGCCCGCGUCUCAAGGUGAAAGGCGGUGCGGGUGCGGCAGCAGCGGGCAAGGAAUGGCACGCGCACAUUGAGCGCUCGAGAGAGCACGAAACGGUCAUGCGCGAGCUGCUGCCGCGCGCGAACGCCCAGCUGCGGCUGCUCGGCACGCAACUCGCGGAGGCCAUAGGGCGCAUGGGGGCCAAGGAGAAGACACUGAACAAUCAGUACGAGCACUUGCGGCAAGAGUACACGGCGCUCAAGGAGAAGCUGCAGGCCGCAACGGAAGUCAGCAAGGCGGGAGCUGACCGCGUGAACGUCAUGACAACCGAGUACGCCGAGACCACGGAGCUGUUGAAGGAGACCAAGGGCGUCAUGGACGAGCGCGGAGCCAAGAUGACCGACACGUCGCCGCUCGUACACAUCAAGGACGCGCUCAAGACCCUCGCUGCGGAGAUCAAGAACUUCGAGCUGCGCAUUGGCGUUGUCAGCCAUACGUUGCUGCAGGCCAAGUGCCGUCAGGCAAGUGCCGCCAGUGCACGACGACGGGGUCGCGAAGCGGCCGCUGCAGAUGGACAGAGCUAUCAAGACCCCGAGUACGACCCGAGCGACGAGGACUCAAACUAA